AGAUUAAACUUUUUAUUGUGAGUGUAAAUCUGGCCAAAAUGCGUGCUAAGAUCGUAAUAUCGUUUUUAAUCUGUUUUGUGGCAUUUUGCAACGCGUUUCCCGAGUCUCAAGGCGUCGAAGCGAGAGGGAAGAAAAAUAAAAUCGCGCUUUUUAUAUACUUCGCAGACCUGGUCAUAAAGAAAUUCUUUAUCCUCAAGCUGAUAUACGCCUUCGUGUUCUGGCUGAUCAUCCACAAAGCUGGUUACUUCCUCACCUGGUUCGUCAGUUACCUCAAGGAGGCGAAGAAAGACCAUCACGAUCAUGACCAUGUCCACUAUGGUCCUCAUCACUACGAUGAUGGCCCCAGUUAUGGACCGCCAAGCUUUGGACCUAGUUACGGACCACCGAGCAAUGGACCCAGUUAUGGACCUUAUAAGAGAAAGAAUUUUUAG